AUGUGGCCGGCCGUCAUGUCCGUGAUCAUUGAUGUCGGGCUUUUGAGUGGCAGGACAGUUUCAUUGGAAGUUGGCCUGGGUGCUUCGGUGAGAACAUUGAGGCGGCAGGCGCAAGCAGCCUUGGCCGUAAACAAAGGCCGACUUUUUGACUCCACAGGAGCCGUUCUGCACGAGCAGGCCACAGUGCAAGAAGCCAAGCUUCAAAGCGGUGACUCGCUGACCUUGCAGAUCAUGACGGUUCAGCUAUGCAGCAGUUUGUCAGCAUUUGCUGCAAUCCUUAUCGAUGGAUCGGUUGCGACCUGGGGCACGGGUGCUACCGGUGGGGACAGUACCGCUGUUCAAGAUCAAUUGAAAAAUGUGCAGGAGAUCCAGUCUUCUGAUUAUGCUUUCGCUGCGAUUCUCAGCAAUGGGUCUGUUGUGACCUGGGGCCGUGCUGACUGUGGUGGCGACAGUAGUGCUGUUCAAGAUCAGCUGGAGAACGUGCACGAGAUCCAAGCCAGUUCAAGCGCCUUUGCUGCGAUUCUCGGUAAUGGAUCCGUUGUGACCUGGGGUAAUGCUGCCUUUGGUGGCGACAGCAGCGCUGUGCAUGAUCAGCUGAAAGAUGUGAGGCAGAUCCAAGCCAACUCUAGCUCGUUUGCUGCCGUUCUGGGUGACGCAUCUGUCGUGACAUGGGGCGAUGCUCACAAUGGUGGCGACAGCAGCACGGUGCAAGAUCAACUGGAGAACGUGCAGCAGAUCCAAGCCAAUUCGAAGGCUUUUGCUGCGAUCCUGGAGAAUGGAUCCGUUGUGACUUGGGGAAAUGCUGGCUUUGGUGGCGACAGCAGGGCCGUGCAACAUCAACUGAGGAAUGUGCAGCACAUCCAAGCCUCAAGUCGCGCCUUUGCUGCGAUCCUGGCUGAUGGAUCCGUCGUGACCUGGGGGACAGCCACUCAUGGAGGCGACAGCAGUACAGUGCAACAUCAACUGGUAAACGUGAAGCAGAUCCAAGCUUCUGGCUACGCCUUUGCAGCCAUCCUGAGCGGUGGAGCUGUCGUGACUUGGGGCGAGGCCAGUGGUGGAGGCGACAGCAGUGACGUGCAAGAACAGCUGAAGAACGUGCGGCAUAUCCAAGCGUCUGAGCUCGCUUUUGCGGCGACCCUGUGCGAUGGAUCUCUCGUGACCUGGGGCGAUACUGGAUAUUCUGCUGGCGACAGUGGCGCUGUGCGAGAGCAGCUCAUGAAUGUGCAGCAGGUGCAAGCCUGUCAAGGUUCGUUUGCUGCAAUCCUGGACGAUGGAUGCGUUGUGACUUGGGGCGAUGCUAACAAUGGUGGCAACAGCAGUGCUGUGCGUGAUCAGCUGAGAAACGUGCAGCAGAUUCAGUGCUCCACGUGGGCUUUUGCUGCCGUCUUGGCUGAUGGGUCUGUUGUGUCCUGGGGCUGCCAAUACUAUGGCGGCGACAGCACUGCGGUGUCUGAUCGCUUGAGGGCAUAG